AUUACACUGUUAAGUUUCCUUCGCGCGGUUUUCUCAUUUUCAAUCAAGGCGGCAUUGAAUAAACAUUGAAAUGACUACAGCAUGCAUGAACCGUCGAUUGUUUCAUGUAUUGAUUUGCUUUCAGAGUCUUUGCUUUCCUAUUUUAUGCGAAAAACCUAAUCUAAAGUACACCGGCAUAGGCCUAGAGGAUAAUCUUUUGAAGCAAAAUGUCACAAUCAAACAUAUUGUUAUGGACUUUUCUGGUUUUCAUCAAGAAAUCAAAGGAAGAAAUUUUACUAGGCUGACUAGAUCACCUGUGAAGGAUGGAGUUAGUAAAAAUAUUACGAUGGUGCUGGAAAAUCUAUUGAAAAAUUAUGAGAGUUCUCAAUUGCCGACACAUGGUAAGGCGAUUCAAAUUAAUCAAGUUUCUCUGACUCCAUUAUAAAACGGUUCUUACCUAAAAAAGGCCCUCGUAAAUUCCACCAUCUCUUAUAAAAUCUAUUUUGAUCGUCUGCGGGAGUGUCACCGAUGGUGCCUAUGCAAAUGUAUGGGGUUGUUUGUAUGUGUUGCUGGGAGUACGAACGGAAGGGAUUCUAAUGUUCUCUGUGAUUUACGGGAAGAAUCCGAAGACUCUAAGACUGAACUAUGUCCUUUAAGAACGGAAAAGGAAAAACGCUGCGCUGGCUUGCGUGGGGCACGACCUUGCCAUAGGUAUCCAUUAGUCAGUAGCGGUGCAACAAUGAACAUAGAAGUAAAUACGCCAGGC